UGAAAGUGCGCUUUCUGCACCGCCCCUAAAAACCAGUUUCGUUUUGAGCAACUCGCGCAUGUCCCGCGCGUAAAACUUGAAAGAGUUCUCGAACUGGUGGCGCCAUCUUUGAACACGUCACCAGACUAUUUUGGGGCACACGCAUGUGGCGUUCUCUGGGAACGAACGAAGAAAGUGAGCCAGUGAUCUCGGUGAAGUGAUCUGUUGAGCGUGCGCUAGGAACGAAAUCAACGAAAUCAGGAAAUCUUUAGGAUGAUUCACACGACUUCUGACUACCGGCAUUCUAAAACACGUCCGGAAUUCGACAAGAAUAUCGAAAUCUCGAGAGCGGAUUCAUUACAUCAUUACAUUAGCGGGCCGGGUCCACCCUCGACCCCAGCGCGUCCAUUCAGUCAUUGAACCUGCCAGUGUCGGUGUGCAGCGUGCUCCUUCCCGCGAAAUGUAGCAGCCCUGCCUGACGAUCUCCGCCAGUUCGUACGCUUCGUGCCGAUGCCCCGACCGUGCCGACGAGCCCGCCAAGCCUCCCGCGCCCUGUGAUCCGAGUUCCGGCCUGCCGGAGAACGGCGCCGUGCCCAAGGAGUUGGGGGGGCCGACCCGGGAAGUGGGAGUCACCCCAGCACAUGGGCGCCUCCGUUCGCGGUUGACCGACUGGCCCAACAUGGCCGCGACUGUGCGAGCAGUGCGAGUGUGAGCGGUCGCAGUCCCCGCCGCACGGGAGUCAAGAUGGGCAUCCAGGCGCUGCAGAAGUUCAUCGAGGCCAACUGCCCGGGCGCCUGCGUGCCGGUCGACCUGCUCAAGAUCGCACGGACGGCCGCGGUGCGUCGAGUCGGACGCGGGAAUGCCCGGUCGCCGGCGAGCAACCGGCUCUGCCUCGUCGUGGACGGGGAAUGCUGCCUGGACCGGCUGUACGGCGGCUACUUCUCGGACUGGGUGUGCGGCGGCCAGUGGAACCGCAUGGUGCAGUUCCUGUCUGUGCUCAUUCAGACGAUCCAGAACAACAACAUCGAGCUGGCCGUCUUCUUCAACGGCAGCCUGGAGCAACAGCGGCUCGAUGACUGGCACCGGCAGCAGCAGGCCGAGCGGCGCAAGGUCGGUCAGGUCCUCAAGCACGUGGCCACCAAGGCCACCCCGCCACCCAAGGUGUGGUGGGUGGCACCCGUGGGCCUACGGACCUGCCUGCGGAUGGCCCUGCGCCACCUCAACGUCACCGUCAUGUGCACCAUGGACGAUCACCAUCAGGAGGUGAUCGCCUUCUGUCGGGAGAACAACUUCCACGGGCUUAUGGCAGAGGACGCAGAGUACGCGGUCUUCGACCCCCCGCGAUACUUUUCCUCGGCUCAGCUCAAGCUAACCUACAAGGGGUCCCUGGAGACGCGGGAGUUCAUCCUGGACGAGGUGGCUCGCAGCCUGAACGUGAACCCCAACCGGGUGUGCAUCCUGGCUGCCCUGCUGGGCAACUACCUGCUCACUGAGGAGGACCUGGCACCCUUCCACCGCUCCCUCUGCCCAGAUCACAAGGGGAAGGUCAUCCCGACGGAGACCCUGAUCCCGGCGGUGGUGGGCUUUGUGCGUGAUCUGAGCAACCCGGAGGACCUGGACGCCCUGGGGGCCCAGGUCUUCCCCGGGACCCAGCGGGACAAGGUGCAGAGGCUCAAGCACUGCGUCCAGUACUACCUCAACGGCACCAAGGAGGGCUACCUGCGCUACCGGCCGCCCGGACAGGGGCGCCGUCACGAGACCGGCUGCUAUCCUUCGUCCAACCUGACGCCCAUCACGGAACAGCAGUCCGCCACCCUCAACGGGAAAGCCGACCUGGCGUCUCCUUCGGAUCACUCGUCUGUGGGCGAUGCCUUUCCCCGUUCGGACCCUGCCAAGUUUGCGUCCGAGACAGCCGAGAGAGAGCUGUCCAGCCUGACGGCGUACCGGCAGGCGACGGCAGGCUUCCAGGGUGCCAACGGGGAGUCCGGCCACCACGGGGUGCUGGAACCUCCCGGGGACGACACCCCGAGGAGGAAGAGCCACGAGGAGGAGGGGCUGUCCCUGGAGGGGCGCAGGAACGGGGCGGGCCCCCAGCUGAAUGGGGUGGCAAGCUCGUCCAGCAGCAACGGGUCCAGCCCCGGCCGCCAGAGCCCCAAGGCCCCGUGGCUCAGCUCCGGCAAGAAGGGCUCCGAGUGUGCCAGUGGCGGCCUGCCGGAUCCCCCGAAGCUCCCCAAGGUCCCUCCCGAGGUGAUGCGCACGGCCAGCGAGCGGCACCAGAAGGGGCUCAUGUCCCCCUGGAUCUAUCAGCUACUCUCUCAGGGUGCCAUCAAGAUCCCCGUCGCCAUCGAGGACGAAGUGCCCCGAGACCUCCCCUGGGGCACCACGCUGUUCCGCCCCAUCCGGCAGAUGGUGUACGCCGUGCUCUUCAACAUGCACCACGUCGCCUUCGUGGCGCGGCAGAAGCGGGAGGCCGCCGCCCAAGCUGCCGCCUCGACCGGGUCGUCGACCGCAACAGACUCCGCACCUGGCAAGACUCAGGACGGUGCGCCGGGCUCCGACGGUGACUCCCAGUCGGGCCCCGCCCCCGUGGUGGUGGUGGAGUGGGUGGGGCGGCCCCCGUCCUCCUCUCCCCAGUCGGGGGCCCACCCGGAGCUGGUGCCGGGCGUGCAGCUGGGCUGGCCCGUGCCCACGGUGCAGCGCCUUUGGCUGGGGCCCUCGAUGGACGACAAGAAGUGCCGGCUGCGGGCCUUCCUCACCUGCAUGCGCAGCGACGUGCCGCUGAUGCUGAACACGGCCUACGUGCCCCAGCACCUGCUGAUCCCCUGCACGGUGCUGCGCUUCCUCAUGGCCCAGGGGCCUCUGCUGCGGCGCCAGGAGCUGGACGCCUUCUUGGCCCAGGCGGUCUCCCCGCAGCUCAUGGACGCCCAGAGCACCCAGGGCAUGCAGCUGCCCCUGGUGUCCGUCCGGGGCGUACAGCUCGCCUCCCUCUUCCUGCAGGGAGUGGAGAACGCCCUGUUCGCCAACGACGCGUGCGGGGCCCCCGUGCCCUGGCUCAUGUGCUGCCCGUGGCUGUUCUUCGACGGAAAGCUCCUGCACCACAAGCUGCUGCGGGCGGCCCAGGCCAAGAGCCUGGUAGAGGUGUGCGGGGGCCAGAUCGACCAGGUGGCCAAGGUGGAGCGCAUGCGGGCCGCCGUGCUCGAGGGACUCCAGGUGGAGUUUGCACGUGCGCCCCUGCCCCACAUGGGGGGCCUUCCCCCUCCCCGCUACCUGGGGGGUGGCUACCCGCCCCUGGGCAUGCCCCCUCCCCCAGGCGCCAGGGGCAGGGGCAUGCCGGGGGGCCAGGGGGGGCCCCCCGUGCCCCCCGGGGGCCGUAGGGGGGGCAUGAUUGCCCGGGGGGGCCAGCUGGAGAUAGCCGGGGUCGUGGUGGGCAGCUGGGGCGCCAACUACGGCCAGGGCCCCAGGGGCGCCCAGGGCCCGCCCCCCAGGGGACUGAGGACCCCGUCCCACCUGCCGCCCCAAGUCACCUCCGUCGGGGGCAGGUAUGGCAGCCUAGGACGUGGCCUGAUGCCUAGGAGGCCACUGGGUUUCAACAGACGCCCCGGGGCACCUUUUAACCAGUUGAAGGGCGGACGUGCCAAAAAGAAGCCCGCGGGAAAGGCCAAGGACGACGAGGCGCCCAAGCUGGUCGGGAAGGGGAGGGGAUGUACCAUCGAGACUGCCGACAACUGCACCAUUGAGGUGAGCCAGCUAACGGCCAAGUCCCUGGAGUCUUCGUCGGACGCGAGCGGCGACUCGGGCGACGCCCCUGCAUCUCGGGCCUGUCUCCUAUUGGCCGGGGUCACCCUCGGCGAGAGCAGCACGGACGCGCCCGCCGCGGAUGCCGCCGGAGCGACGCUUGACGGAGUAGGGCAACCCUUCUCGUCAGAUGUCUAGGCGAGCGCGCGCGACGCCGCCUUUCUCGCCGACCGCCUUCUCAUUAUUAAGCCGCUACAAAAGUUUUCCUAUUGGCCGUUGUUUGCGGUCGCGAUCUCGACGGGCAAGAGUGGCGUUAAAAAGUUUUCUUGGUUUCCUAUUUUAUUUUUAUUUUUUCGUAGAAUGGAACGAUGGCUUUUGUUGUGCUCAGCUGCCGUGGCGGCGUGUGGCGUUUUCUUAGCCUGUUUUCGUUUAUUGGCUCCGAAACAUGCGACAGGUGGGGCUCUAAAGAAGUGGGCCCUGCGAUCACCCGGGCCGUCUAGGCUGAAUCUUGUAGGGCCAUCUGUCGCUUGGAUCGUUCAAAACGAAAGGCCAGGCCAUUUCCUAAUGUUUAAGGUAUAAAAUGUGGUGCAAACAAAAACAUUGUAUCGCGAAAAGGCCGCUGAAAACUGGAGGGAAGACGCAGCAAUGGCUAUUGGCUGUCAAUAGACUAGGCCAUUAACGAUGGAUCUUUUUUUUUUUUUUCCCUAAAUUUUGCAAUGUGGUCAGAAUUUUCAAUGCCCCUUUUCGACGGUUACUACGGUUCAUUUCCGGUCCCAUUUCGGAUUUUACCGAAGAUGAAAAACGUUAGGACCUGUAAGGAUACCGAUUUCCGACUUAAAGUUCGGCGUCCUCUUUUGGUGCUUCUGCUUUCCUGAGAUUUUCUUUGUUUCUGCGGCGAGUUGGCGGCGAUGGCGGACAAUUUUCUUCUUUCCUAGGAACAGACAGACAGGGACUGCUAAAAUGCGACGAACUGCUGCGUACCUGCGGCACAUGCGUGCGUGUGUGCCAGUGAUCAUUUUUUUAUUUUUAUGGAGAAAUGUGCAAACAAAGGACUACUGGACAAGAGUGUGUGCGUGGUGCGAGAGUGGUGCUCAUCUGUCGUGCGUUUCCCAGCGUCGUCUUCAUCCCUGCACCUCGACGGACGAGCGCCUCUUCAAUCGAUGUUCCGUUUUCAUUUUUCAAUGCCCGAAUACAUCGCCGGUCUCGCAGGUGUCUGCUUCCCGCUAGUUGCGAGUACCUCAAUUUUUUACGUCUUUGUUUUAAAAAAAAAAGAUUGCAGCCCUUUGUUUUCGGUUUUGAUUACUUCUGUCGUCCGCCGGGAGUGUUUUGGGUGUGACAAUGGGGAAACCCUGUACAGUGUUAUGUUAGAUUAUGAGAGAUGUAUUUAAACCGUAUCCGACAAAGUAGAACCUCGUUCUCGGUCGUGGCUGGCGGAAGCGUCCGCCGCGACAUUCGGAUCGGUCGGCAGCUUGCUCGUGCACCGUGACAGACGGAGCUGGAAUUGGGACGCGUUUCGGCCCAUCGUGCCACCUUUCUGGGCGUUUGAUUGUUUUCAUGGCCAGCCUCGAGGUAGACUGCAACGUGGCAACGAAUCGAGGAGGACGUCCUUUGAAUUAGGACAGCAACGGGAUCUCCUCGUUUUAUCGUCGCGUCGUUCCGCACAGCGGCCAAGCGACGCGUUUUUUUUUUCCCGACAAAUGUGGAAAUGUUGAGCUGAGGCUCCCUUUUUAGGCGAAUGAUUUUGGGCGGAAAGGGGAACCGCUCCUUUGCGGUUGUGCGAAUCGCUAAAACCCAAAUCUUGCUGGGAAGGUAACCACAACGGAUGCAGGAUUAAGAUGAGACGCCGCUCAUAUGUGACGUUUCCGAGCGCAAGCUAUUUCUUGGGGGAAAAAAAUGCUGAAGUAAAGUAUGUAGUUUGACAACACUCGGACCUAGGACGGCUCCGAUCUCACUUUCUCAGCGACGUUUAGUCGUUCCGAACCGCCGCGCGUGGCGUCGGACGACCGUUGAAACUUCCGAGGGUGCCAGUUGGCAACCCUCAUCAACCAAUGAACACAAAGAAAUCGUGCAACUUCUGAGUUUGAAGCGUAAAGAUAGGCCUGGUAGGCCGCCACUCACUUUGCGACAACCCACGCUAACGUAAACGUAACAAAGAGCAACAUACAAACUUAUGGCGCCGGUGCUAAUUCAUGGCCCCGCCGAAAAGAAACAAAGAACCUUUUGUGUAAGGUUUCACCCUGGCACGUCCCGCUGCCUCUGGAGCGAGGCAUGCCGGGUUCGUCCUCCACCGUCUGUAUCAUUUUUUCGCUUUCUUGAGGAGGUUGAAUGCCCGGCGUAAAGCUAGUGGCAUCAAGUAUCGCCCACACGUGGCUUUUUGCGUUUGUUUUUUCUUCACGUGUAUACUCCCAACUUGCAAUGUUAAUCAUUCGAAUGCAAAAAGGGCAGGGCCUUUAUUAAUCCUCUCUUUUGUGCCCUUUUGGGUUUAUGCUUGGUUCUGUUUAACCAUGUACAACUAAACUCUGACCGUCUUCAAGCAGUCUUUUUUUUUUUUUCUUUUUUUUGUUUGGUAGUUGCUGAAGAGCCUCAUGGCCCUGCCCAUUCCCCUCGUGUUUUUCUUUCUUUUUUUUACGAGUUUAGCAGCCUCCCCUAGUAGCUUUGUGCCGUUCAAAGGACAGCUUCCACUACCCUUCCCACCCUAAACGUAUGGAGAUAAUGAUAACUUUAGUGUUUGUCUAUUGUACCGCUACUUGAGUGUUCGCGGGCAAAUCGACAACGCCGGAAGAAAACCGGUCGUUCGUUCGAGGGAUCCAUUUCUUUGUGCUCGGUAUUAAUCGAACCAACAAGUGUAUCGAAACUUUAAUCUAUCAUAGCAAGCUCUUUUUGUCCUCAAACGAGGGAGAUGGAAAAAGUAAAAAAAAAAAUGUUUUGUGUCGGUAGUGUUCAAAUGCGCCGUGCACCGUUCGGUUCUCGAGAUGCAUCGCGAUGCGAUAAUCGCCACCCGUAACACUCUCUGCCGGCCAAACGCACCGCGUGGCCGUGUCUGAGACGAGGGCGAAAGAAAAGCAUAGGCUUUUUGAGUUCCUCUUUCAGGGGUUGCAUGAGGUCGUGCUUUUGUUCAUGAUGUAUUUGAUAAUGAUAGUCUUUGUAUUUUGUGGCAAAGCUCUGGGUGGGAGCUGUUAGUGUAAGCAAGCAUAGUUCUCUGCCAGUCCCCGGUUCCGGCGCAUGGCUUGGCCGAUCGCACCUUUUCCGAGCAUGUCUGGCACCUCUGUCGUGGUGGCAUUCCAGAUGGUACUGGAGUGGUUAGCAAUCCACUAGCCAAUCAUUAAUUGACCGAAAUAUGGUCACUGGUCAUGAUUAGUCAGGCAGAUUGAUUGGCGGGUCAAUUACAGAAAGGACACUAAGAGUGAUUUUACCAAUUAGCUGAAUGAUCACUGACUGAAUGAAAGUGAUCGGCCAGCCUGGCAGAUGGCAACAGUAUAUGCUGCCACUGUGCACACCUGCAUCAUUGAGAAGAGCGUAAGGUGCGACGGAUUAUGCUCGAUUGAGUUUGCGAUCGACACGCCGUGUGCUGGAACUGAAAAAAAAGAAACGGCUCGCGACUUUUGGUGGGCAGUCGGCGAGUUUUGUUUCGAGGGAACCUGGCAUUUCUGGUGCAACGUGGCUUUCUCUAGUUUCCCUUUUCAGAACGGCAAACAGUUUGAAAAAAAGAAGUGUCAUCUCUUUAUAUUUUUUUUUAUUGCCCCCAGUUUUGUUUUUGAAAUGCACAUAAUAACCUGUCUCUUGUUUUAGAUGAAAAAAAGUAAUCGUAGUAAGUGGGUUGUCUGUAUCUGUCAAGUUGGCACGAGCAUUAUUAUUGCCGCGGCAACUACGAAAGCAGUGUGUUUCUCUCACGUUUAAUGGUUUAAUGGACGUCUGCAACGCUCGCAAAGUUUAACCGGAAACAGUUCUGGAAAGCGUCACCGACGAGGCUCGACAUGGCGGGAAACGCCGUUCGGGUCUUCAGCGGCGUACUCCUUGUUUCUCUGUCGGAAGGCUGGCACGGGCAGCAGAGUGGUUUGGAUGUAAAGGAAGGAAGGAGAGGGGGGGGGGAGAGGGUUUCCGCGGAGUCGGGCAAAAACCGGUCACAGCGGUGCAUGGUCUUCGACGGUUUCUGUGCACCCUUAAAAUUGGCGGCGCCAAGCGCGACUCGAAUGCCUCUAAACGUCUGGUACAUCUGCCCUAAAUUUUGUGGGAGGGGCGUUUUUCUGCGGAGAUGCAGCAAAGCGAGGGUCGUGGGGUACAAGAAGCGCGAAGCGGAGGCUCCGGAUGGGAGCCGCGGUCUGUGCGCGCAACUGUUGCGCUGAUAGAGAAACGUGUACCUUGUGUUGCCAGUUUUGUGAAUAAAAGUGAUUGUUUUCCUCUG